UGACACCUUGAACUUUUCAUAAAGAAAAUGGGUAUUGCACCAGGAGGGUUUGGCCGCGGCCGCCGGGCCGGGUCGUGCUUAAUAUUCAAUGAUCUCGCUCGCGCCUCCCCCUCCUCCCCUCGCAGAAAUUCCACCGAGUCCGUUACUGGGCUCAGACUUUUAAGUUAAUUUACUGCCCACCCCCCCCACCCCAACCUCGGCUAGUAACCAGCGCCUUUAGGGCUAACCUCCCCCCCAGCUCCCGCCUGAAAAUGACAUUUCGCCGGCGUCUCCGGAGGGGGCUGAAUUUCACUUUGUAACUUUCUGCGGAACCCGAGCCCGGGUGGCAGCUCGGGUGGUGGUAUCGUAUGCAAAUACGCAUGCUGACGUUACAGAUCAUGUGGGUUUUGGCGUAGAUUCCCCACUGAUCGAGACAUUUUUUUUCCCCUUUUUUUUCCUUUUUUUUUUUUUUUUUUUUUUUUUCUUUUUAAAAUUUUGGCCACUGUUCCCCGUACGGGGGCUUUUCCUGUCCGUCUGUCUGGCAGGCUGGCCGUGCCCCUCUUUCCCACGGAGCCCGAGCCCGGCGCCCGGUGGGGAGUGGGGAGUGGGUGGGGGGAGCCAGCAGAGUUCCAUUUUGGAACGCCCGUGCCGCGUCUCCGCGCUCCCAGCCCGGGUCCCCGCGUCCCCAGCCCCGGCGCAGGUCUUGACACACUGGCUGCUCUUGGAGUUCAAGCAUACCAAGAUUCCCAGGAUGUAAGCAAUCCGGGACUGAUAUGAUGCUGCCUCUUGUGUUUAGCCAUUGGAGCAGUUACAGUUUUUUGUGCUGAGAUCAUUCUGAACACUCAAACACUAGACUUCAGCAUUCAAGGGAAGCCAAAGCCAUUGGAGGGGGAAUAAAGCCCAAAGCCUUUUAUCUGAUUUGCUCCAAAAAUUUCACUGCCCCUUCCCUACCCGCCCCCCUCCCCAAAUUUAAGCUGUUGCACACAGACAGACGGCAUGGCGAGCAAGCGAAAAUCCACAACCCCGUGCAUGGUUCGGACAUCACAAGUAGUAGAACAAGAUGUGCCCGAGGAAGGAGACAGGGCCAAAGAGAAAGGAAACAGCACAACACAGCCUGAAACAACCAAGGACAGUUGGACAGUAGAACCCGAGAACUCUUCCAAAGAAAAUGAAGUGAUAGAGGUGAAAUCUACAGGGGAAAACCAAUCCAAAAAACUCCAAGGUGGUUAUGAAUGCAAAUACUGCCCCUACUCCACGCAAAACCUGAACGAGUUCACGGAGCACGUUGACACGCAGCACCCCAACGUGAUUCUCAACCCCUUAUACGUGUGUGCCGAAUGUAACUUCACAACCAAAAAGUACGACUCCCUGUCCGACCACAACUCCAAGUUCCAUCCCGGGGAGACCAACUUCAAGCUGAAGUUAAUCAAGCGCAAUAAUCAAACUGUCUUAGAGCAGUCCAUCGAAGCCACCAACCACGUCGUGUCCAUCACCACCAGCGGCCCCGGAAGCGGCGACGGUGAUCCCGGAAUCUCAGUGAGUAAAACCCCCAUCAUGAAGCCAGGGAAACCAAAAGCCGAUGCCAAGAAGGUGCCCAAGAAGCCGGAGGAGGCCACGCCCGAGAACCACGUGGAAGGGACUGCCCGCCUGGUGACAGACGCGGCUGAGAUCCUCUCGAGACUCGGAGGCGUGGAGCUCCUCCAGGACACAUUAGGGCACGUCACGCCUUCUGUCCAGCUCCCACCAAAUAUCAACCUUGUCCCGAAGGUCCCCGUCCCGCUGAAUACUACCAAAUACAACUCUGCCCUGGACACGAAUGCCACCAUGAUCAACUCCUUCAACAAGUUCCCUUACCCAACCCAGGCUGAGUUGUCCUGGCUGACGGCUGCUUCCAAACACCCAGAAGAGCACAUCAGAAUCUGGUUUGCCACACAGCGCUUAAAGCAUGGCAUCAGCUGGUCCCCGGAGGAGGUGGAGGAGGCCCGGAAAAAGAUGUUUAAUGGCACCAUCCAGUCAGUACCCCCCACGAUCACCGUGCUGCCGGCCCAGCUGGCGCCCACAAAGAUGUCACAGCCCAUCCUCCAGACAGCUCUGCCGUGCCAGAUUCUCGGCCAGACCAGCCUGGUGCUGACUCAGGUGACCAGCGGAUCAACAACGGUCUCCUGCUCCCCCAUCACGCUUGCCGUGGCCGGAGUGACCAACCAUGGCCAAAAAAGGCCUUUAGUGACUCCCCAGGCCGCCCCCGAGCCCAAGCGUCCACACAUCGCUCAGGUGCCAGAGCCCCCGCCCAAGGUGGCCAACCCUGUGCUGACGCCAGCCAGUGACCGCAAGAAGACAAAGGAGCAGAUUGCGCAUCUCAAGGCAAGCUUUCUCCAGAGCCAGUUUCCUGACGAUGCUGAGGUCUAUCGGCUCAUCGAGGUGACCGGCCUUGCCAGGAGUGAGAUCAAGAAGUGGUUCAGCGAUCACCGGUAUCGGUGUCAAAGAGGCAUCGUCCACAUCACCAGCGAAUCCCUUGCCAAAGACCAGUUGGCCAUCGCAGCCUCCCGACACGGCCGCGCGUACCACGCGUACCCGGACUUUGCCCCACAGAAAUUCAAAGAAAAAACACAGGGUCAGAUUAAAACCCUGGAGGACAGCUUUUUGAAAAGCUCUUUCCCGACCCAAGCAGAACUGGACAGACUAAGGGUGGAAACCAAGCUGAGCAGGAGAGAGAUCGAAUCCUGGUUCUCAGAGAGACGGAAGCUUCGGGACAGCAUGGAACAAGCGGUCUUGGAUUCCAUGGGGACUGGCAAAAAAGGCCAAGAUGUGGUGGCCCCCAAUGGUGCUCUGUCUCGACUUGACCAGCUCUCCGGUGCCCAGUUAGCCAGUUCUCUGCCCAGCCCUUCACCAGCAAUUACGAAAAAUCAAGAACAGGUACAUCUCCUGCGGAGCACGUUUGCAAGAACCCAGUGGCCUACUCCCCAGGAGUAUGACCAGUUAGCAGCCAAGACGGGCCUGGUCCGAACUGAAAUUGUGCGCUGGUUCAAAGAGAACAGGUGCUUGCUAAAAACCGGAACCUUAAAGUGGAUGGAGCAGUACCAGCACCAGCAGAUAGCGGGAGAUCACGGUUACGACGCCCCACCAAGGAAAGCAGUGAAAGCCGUCAUCACUGAGAGCCCAAAGAAUGGAAGUGACGUGGGUCAGCAACAUUACAAGGACCCCAAAAAGCUCUGUGAAGAGGACUUGGAGAAGCUGGUACCCAGGGUGAAAGUGAGCAACGAGCAAGCCAAGGAUGGUGUGCUGGCCAAGCCUUCUGAAGCCACCUCGGACAGGUCGGAGGGCAGCAGCCGGGACGGCCAGGGCAGCGACGAGAAUGAGGAGUCGGGCGUUGUGGAUUGGGUGGAGGUCACGGUCGGAGAGGAGGACGCCGUCUCAGACAGGUCGGAUAGCUGGAGUCAGACGGCAGCCGAAGGCACCGCAGAACAGGCCGGCUCGGACUCCGACAGCAUCCCUGCCGAGGCUGGCCAGGCCUAACAGGGAAGUCCGUCAGAACUGCAUUGCUGAUAAAGGGGACGCUCUGUCUUUGAGGAAGGAAGAGGACCUCCCUCCCCGGCCGUGGGCCACCCUGGCCAGAGGCUCCAAGUGGAACCACUUAGCCGGCGUGUGGCUGCUGGGUGCCGGAACCCCAGCCUUCACACACACCCCGCCCGGAGGACCGGCGGGAAUUGUUCAUAGUGCCAAAGUCCUACUACUGCGUUUUCAAUGGGUCCUUGUAAAUAGUUUGCUCCUCUGCCCUGGCCCCCACUUCUUGCUAUACUGGAACCAAUUUGUACGAUGUGGGAAUUUUGUUACCUUUUUAAUCAAGGGCAACGUCCUUUUCCAGCACUACCAUUGUAAGGUUUUUUCCAGGAGGGAGGGCUGAUCACAUGUGCUUUUCUCUUUUUCCUUUUUUUUUUUUUAAUCUUUAUUUUCUUAAUUUUGGGGAGGGGGGGAAUGUUAGCAUUAGUGCCAUUAUAUCUACUGGAUUUUAGGUAGGGAGAGUUCGUUUUAUUAAAAGUAGUUUGAAAUUUGGGAGAUUUCUCCGUGGGAAGGGCUAGGAUUUGGGCUUCUGUCUGAACUUUGAGAGGGUUUUACAGAUGGCACAUCUUCCAGAUCAAGCCCAUUUUUGGUUCUCCCUCCGCCACCAGCCACCUCUGGGGUCCCUGUUUAGCCACGCACAGGGCUUUCCGAACUGCCAACAGGUGGAUCUGGUUUUCUCCGCCGCCUGGCCUCUUGGGCUGACCUUGGGCGGAGCCAGCACCAGAGAACUAGGGAGCAGGUGGCUCCCUCUUUCAGCGUCUUGUUAGAUACCAGCAGAAAGGGCUUCCACAUUUCUAGCAUUAUCGUUACUUUUGUGAAACUCCAACAAAAAGAGGUCUUCCUAUCUAGAUGGUACAAAGAUGAACAACUUUGGUUUUGAUUUCUGUUCCUAACUGCCUUUUCUCAGUGUGGUAUUUGACAAGAUUUCAGCCUGAAGCCUCACCAUGAUCUGAUUUUUUUUGUUUGUGUUUGUUUUUGGGCCAAUUUUAGAUUCCUGAGUGCACUUUUGUUUUUUGUUGUUUUUUUUUUUUCCAAUUAGUCCUAACUUUUAAAGAGGAAAAACCAAGAGACAUAUCUGGUGUAAAUGUUGCAAUAUGAAUUGUGUUUGCAACCCCCUCCCCCCCCCCCCCCCCCCCCUUUGG